AGUGGAGACCCAGGAAAAAUCUCGCUGAAUCCGCCUGCCUCAGCACUGGCCAGAUCUGGGAUCCUUUGACCCCUUCCGUGACCGUACCACGCCCGGAGAUGAAUCUACGUUCUGUAUUUACUGUAGAACAACAAAGGAUUUUACAGCGUUAUUAUGAAAAUGGAAUGACAAAUCAAAGUAAAAAUUGCUUUCAGCUCAUAUUACAGUGUGCACAGGAAACUAAGCUGGACUUCAGUGUAGUCAGGACGUGGGUUGGUAAUAAGCGAAGAAAAAUGAGUAGUAAGAAUUCUGAAUCAGGAGGAACAACAGGAACUGUUUCUGGUACCGCUUUGGCAGCUCCAGACAUUACAGUCAGAAAUGUGGUUAAUAUAGCUCGACCCUCAAGCCAACAGUCUUCUUGGACAUCUGCCAAUAAUGAUGUCAUUGUUACUGGUAUAUACAGUCCGGCCAGUUCAUCAAGUAGGCAAGGGACAACCAAACAUACAAAUACACAAAUUACAGAAGCACAUAAAAUUCCUAUUCAAAAAACAGCCAGUAAAAAUGAUACUGAGUUUCAGUUGCAUAUUCCUGUUCAAAGACAAGUUGCACACUGUAAAAAUGCCUCCCUGCUCCUGGGUGAAAAAACAAUUAUUUUGUCAAGACAGACAAGUGUGCUAAAUGCUGGCAACUCAGUAUACAAUCAUACAAAGAAAAACUGUGGAAGCUCUUCUGUGCAAACUUCUGAAAUGACAGUACCUCAAAAGCCAUCUGUGUGCCACCGACCUUGCAAAAUUGAACCAGCUGGGACUCAAAGGUCAUAUAAGCCUGAACAUACAGGUCUGGCAUCACAUAACUUAUGUGGACAAAAGCCAACUAUUAGAGACCCUUACUGUAGAACACAAAACCUGGAAAUCCGUGAAGUGUUUUCACUGGCAGUCAGUGACUAUCCCCAGAAAAUUCUGGGAGAAAAGGCCACACAGAAAUCUAACUCAGCAGAAGGAACUUGUUUGUCUAUUGCAAUGGAGACUGGAGAUGCUGAGGAUGAAUAUUCCAGAGAGGAAGAGUUGGCUUCGAUGGGAGCACAGAUACCAAACUACUCAAGAUUUUAUGAAAGUGGCAGUUUCCUUCGAGCUGAGAACCAAAGUGCAACUUUGUCUGGAACAGGAAGAAAUAUGCCAAAUUCACAAAUGGUGAAUAUCAGAGAUUUGUCAGACAAUGUACUGUAUCAAAACAGAGACUACCAUUUGACACCAAGGACCUCAUUACAUACAGCAUCUAGUACAAUGUACAAUAAUACAAAUCCAUCACGGAGUAAUUUUUCUCCACAUUUUGCAUCAUCAAAUCAAUUGAGAUUAUCACAAAACCAAAACAAUUACCAGAUUUCAGGAAACCUUACUGUGCCUUGGAUUACAGGGUGUUCUAGAAAAAGAGCACUACAGGACCGUACUCAGUUCAGUGAUCGAGACUUAGCCACCCUGAAGAAGUACUGGGACAAUGGUAUGACCAGCCUGGGCUCUGUUUGCAGAGAGAAGAUUGAAGCUGUUGCAACUGAAUUAAAUGUUGAUUGUGAAAUAGUUCGGACUUGGAUUGGGAAUCGACGAAGGAAAUACCGUUUAAUGGGGAUUGAAGUUCCACCUCCAAGAGGAGGCCCUGCUGAUUUCUCUGAGCAGCCCGAAUCUGUUUCUUUGUCUGCACUCACACAAGGAGAGGAAGCUGGGCAUGAAGUAGGAGAGGAUAAUGACAGAAAUGAUGAAGUAUCCAUCUGUUUGUCCGAAGGAAGCUCUCAAGAAGAGCCCAGUGAUAUUGUUCCAAAUGAGUCAAGGGCUCAGAAAGAGGAGGACCACCAUGCAGUAUCCGCAGAUAAUGUGAAAAUAGAAAUUAUUGAUGAUGAAGAAAGUGACAUGAUAAGUAAUUCUGAAGUAGAACAAGUGAAUUCUCUCUUGGAUUAUAAGAAUGAAGAAGUCAGAUUCAUUGAAAAUGAGUUAGAGAUUCAAAAGCAAAAAUACUUUAAACUUCAGACUUUUGUUCGAAGCUUGAUAUUAGCUAUGAAAUCUGAAGAUAAGGAACAACAACAGGCACUGCUGUCAGAUUUACCUCCUGAAUUAGAAGAGAUGGAUUUCAAUCAUGCUUCACCGGAGCCUGAUGAUACCUCAUUCAGUGUGUCUUCUUUAUCAGAGAAAAAUGCCUCAGACAGUUUGUGAUUUGAGGGGGAGGGGAAUAUAUGAUGCAGUCUUUUGGCUGCUUAACAGGUGUGCAUUUCAAGAUAACUGUAUUCUGUUGCCCCAAUAAUCUUCAGUUGGAAAAAUGCAUUGUCGAAACAUUCUGUGAAAGAUGAACAAGAUAUAAUGGCUACAAUGCAAAAAGCUGCAUGUGAAAUUUUAAAGCAUCAUUUGAGAUUUUCUUCCAAACUGGAACUCUGGGAAAAAUUUAAUUUUAAACAACUUAGCUAUAAAAUUUAUUAUGUCUGAUUUCUGAAAGACUUUUGCUUGGCUUUAUAAAAGAAUCUUAGUAAUAGUUUUAACCGGAGACACAAAAAUUAAACCAUUUCAACAUUACUUAUAAAGUUGUUAUAGCUGGAUCGGUCUUCUUUUUGUAGCCAUUACAUCUUUCUUCCUCUCUCCUUUUCCUAUCAUCUAUAUACACUUUUACUCAGGAAAGUGGAUUGAAAAUUAAAAACAAAACUUUAAAAUAUUAUUCAACCUGGCUGAGUCCUGGGAUUUAUUUUUCAACCCUUAUGAGAAUUUGACUUGAGAUAAUGAUUAAAAAUUGAAAUGAUUUCUAGUAUGUAAUUGUAAAUUGUUGGUAUUCUUCUAUUAUCCGACCCAAAUAUUUUCAGGGAUGGGAGAAAAAUACAGAAAGUUAAUUCACUAACAUAAAGUCAAAUAAAUCAUUAAUUGUAUAGAAACAAAAUGUAAAAGAUUAAUCUCAAUGGGAAUUCUUCAUUGCUGCCAAUGGUAAACAUUGAUAAGAUUUGUAUUCUUGCAAAUUUGUGUAACCAUGUUAAAUGAAAUAUUGCACAAAUAUUUCAAGUUUGUCACCAUCUUCAUAAUAUUUUUUCAGUUCUUACAUUUUAUGAAACAGGAGGUCAAGGUAAGCCACUGAGAAUUUUUUUUUAAUCUAGUCACUCAGCUUUGCCACAAAAUUUACCUCAUUUCCAUGUCAGGCAUGUACAGAGCCAUCAGCCAAGGAUAACAUACAAAAAGUGUUAUAUUACUUUAGUUGUAAAUCCUAGUUCUCUGAAUUUCCUGGAUACUAUUCUGUGAAUAUUCACCUAAAAUGGGCAUGGUACCCUGUUGUUCUAUUAGUAACUACCAGAUGCCAACACAUUGCAGACUGUUCUUUGCAGAUCUUCCUUUCUGGGAUACCAGAAGAUAUUACCAAGACCCAUAGAAGGGAAAAUUCCAGUUUUGCCCUAAGCUCACAGUGCCAAAUAUUUGUGAAUUGGCAGUGUGGAACUGUGUUUUAUGGUUAAAUUACUAUCUAUACCUAAAAGACUAAUGAAAGCUAAAUGGCUGUUGUUUUCAUUUCGGAUAUUUUUUUAAAAAAUUCAAUGAGAGCCAAUUCUUAUCUUGGAAUUUACUGAUAUUUAUGAAUACAGAAAGGUAAUCAUGAAUGUCUUUGACCUUGAAAUAUCCCCCCUACACAAAGGGGAGGAUCAUUGGACAGUCCUUCAUUUUUCAACUGUUUGUUUGACUUGAUAUUGCCACUAUAAUACUGUUAUGGUUCCUUUGUUAGCAGAAGCAUUUCAAGAACACAGGUAUGCUCCCAUUUAGCUAAGAGGUUCUUUGCAAACAAUGUUUAGUAUUCCUUGAUGACAAGUCAAAUUUGCAUUCAGAAAAAAGAGCAAGCCCUCUGUAACAGAAUCUCAGAUGUUAAUAUUAAAUUUAUACAUUGCAUCAAUUCCUCCAUGAGAUGUAGUCCCCACUCUGUACAGAAAAUAGAAACCAUUUCUUAAAUAGGAAGAAUAAAAUCCCCCCAGCCUGAAAGUUUCUCCUAGGAUCAUUAGUUAUGGUGAGUCUUUCAACUCAAAUUUAUUCUGCCUCAAUUUAACCCUCUUCUUAGCUAGUUCUCAUUGUAAAGUAAGAAUAGGUAAGUUUCUCCUACAUAAUUUAACACUGAAGAUUGUAUCUUCACACCUUAGAAUUUAGUCACUGAAUGAAAAUAUAUUUUUUAGUUCCUGCUAUAAAGAAGGCACUGUACUGGAUAUUGGAUUUCUCAGCAAGCUGUGGACUUCAAAAAGAAAUGUUUCUUGUUAAAUUUUCAGGGAUAUUAAUAAUAUUUAUUUAAGUAGAAACUGUAAUCAAUUUAAAGAUUCCGCUAGGUAUGAUUCCUAGAGGGUAUACUAGUUUACACUUUGGGGAAAAAGCAUAGAUGACUUCCUUGUUCCUGUAUAAAGUUCCAUCAAACUAGAAACUAUACAAAUCAUAACAGUAAAUUUAGGACUCCUUUUAUCUUAUCAUUUGUAUUUAAUUAUCACAAUUAUUUCUUUUACCAUCACUGGAAUUAAAACACUUCUGAAAUGAAAUGUGGUUGUUCUUAUCUUGGAAACAAAGGAAACAGCUGCAUGCAAAACAACAUAAUUUGCAGAUUGAAAUUAUGCACCAUAGAUUCUGAAAAAGAUGUCAAAGUCAAGUAUUAAAAACUAGUAUAUAGGGCUGGGGCUGGAGCUCAAUGGCAGCACACUUGCCUGGCCUGUGUGAGGCACUGGGAUCAAUUCUCAGCACCACCUAUAAGUAAAUAAAACUAAAUAAAGGUCUAUAAACAAUUUUAAAAUAUUAAGAAAAAACACUAUUAUAUGGCUGAAGAUGUAGCUUUGUGAUAGAGUGAUUGACAUCAUGUGCUAGGCCCCGGGUUCAAUCCCCAACACCACAAAAGAAAAAAAAAAAACUAUUAUGAAGAACAUAUUUUUUUACAGAUAUAGAUUUUAAGGGAAAAUGCAGUUCUUAUUAACAUCUCCAUGGAAGGGGGUAAAAAUCAACUAGUGUUUCUUUCUUUAGGGCUUACAGUCUUAAAACAGACCAUAGGAAUAAAGAUGUAGUUCAGUGGUACAACCUGUGCUUAGCAUGCAUAAAGCUCUGUAUUAGAUCCAAAACCCUGAAAAAACAAACAAACAAACAAACAACAAAAAAAAACUACAAGGUACUAUAUGAAUUGUUUCUCAAACAGAAAUCAAUGUUAAAAAAAAAAACUUUUUUUCUGUUAGCUGUAUUUGGAUGUCUGCUUUAAGCUUAGUAUAACCAAGUUAUUUUUAAGCAGGAAAUAUAUAUUUGAGAGCAUUUAACUUCCAAACUGUGGACUUAAAAAAUGAAGCCACCUUCUACCUUGCAAUGAAGCUAAAAUUAAUCACGAGAAAAUGAAAAUUGCAGUUGCCCUGGAGAAUAGGAAAAUUAACACAUGCACGGAAAAUGUUAAAAGAAAAUUGGCCUCUUCAUUGAACUAGGGGAUGUUUUAUUGUAAUGUUAUUUAUCAACAGCAAGACUUUUGUACUGCUAUUGCAAUAAUGUGAAAGACAUGUUUCUUAUUGUUGGAGAAGAAAAGGCUGUGGCCCAAACACAUCCUAUACUCUAUGUACUACCAAGAUCUCAAAAUAUAUUUAAAAGGCCAUUUUAUCCAAAAACAGAAACUUCUAGCUUAAGGGUUUUUGAUAUUCAGCAGUCUUACAUGUUUGUAGGAUAAAACAAAAAUGGUAGAUUUAAAAGAAUUCUGGACUCUAGAGGUUUUUUUUUUGUUUGUUUUGUCUUGUUUUGUUUGUUUGUUUGUUUGUUUUGUACAAGAGCAUUAAACUUAUAUUCAGUGAAUAGUUUCCUCAUCUCAGCCUGAUUGCUCAUGAUCUUUUUUUAAGAGAAAUUUGAAAAUGUUAACUGUGACCAUUCUUCCAGAUUGAAGUAAUAGUAUACCAGGAAUAUUGUUUAUUUUUAAUGUAUUAGAUUUCUAUUCAGAUCCUAAAAAUGCACAAUUGUGAUAAUUUACCUUUUUAAGGGAGUUGUCCAUGCCAUUGUGUCUAAAUGUUAGGUAGAUUUCUCUUUGAAGUUGGUGUUAUCCUUGGCAGACAGCACUGUAUCAUACCCUUCACCAAGCUAUGCUCUGUAAUGCUAUAAUGGAGGAGCCUACUAACUUUUGAACCUACAAUCAACAUACCAUUGCAUAAAACAAGCCUUUAUUAAGAGCAGAUUUGCUAACGGGGAAAAGAGAAUAAAGUGAUAUUUUCAUGCGAAUAUAAUUAUGAUUGUUCCAUUAAAGUGUAUACUGAGUAUAUAUUGUUCCACAUUGAAAUUUAUUUUGCAUUAACUUACUAAGUAAUUCCUUUUAGCAACCCUGCAUCCCUUUUACUGGUACUACCUCUGAAGCAUACUAUCACCUUAAAACCACAUCAGAUUGUAAUGUGAAUUUUUGUAGGGUUUUUAUUUAAACUUUUA